AUGGAAAUGUUCAUGCAAAUGCUUCACACACAAAACAACCUCAUCGAAGCGCUGGCCAAAAAGAUGGAACAAUCUCCAUCGCUUAAACCGAUCAAUGCAAGUCUAACGAGUGACAACCUCGCCAAUGCGAUUACAGAAUUCACAUAUGACGCCGAUGCAGAAUUGACGUUCGAAUGUUGGUACGCAAGAUUCGGGGAUAUAUUCACCGUGGAUUGUGCUCUGUGGGAACACACUGACAAAGUAAGACUGCUCAUGCGCAAACUUGGCCCCGUUGAACAUCAACGAUAUACCAACUACAUCUUACCUAGUAAACCAACGGACGUACAGUUUUCAGAAACAGUGAAGUGCCUUACCCAAAUAUUCAGUGCUCGUGCUUCAUUAUUUCACACACGAUAUCAGUGCCUCCAAGUCAAGAAGACACAGUCAGAAGAUUUUGUCACAUGUGCAGGGAGAAUCAACCUGGAGGCUGAGCGGUUAAAACUAAAGGACCUUUCAAUGGACCAGUUCAAAUGUUUGCUAUUCGUCAGCGCAUUACAGUCAGCCACGGAUGCAGAACUGCGCAAUCGUAUACUGUCGCAGAUUGAAAAUUCCCCGGACCUCAUUCUGCAUAACAUAACAGAGGAAUGCCAACGGGUCAAAAACAUAAAAAUGGACUCCGCAUUGAUAGCGAUAGGUUCGGAUCACAAUACCGUGAAUCGCUUACAAGUUUCGCCGAACAAACGGAAAGCUUGGAAAGCACCAAUCAACCCNCUUUCCUUGCUGAGCUCUGUCAUUGCAGGUGGAUUUGUCCGCACGAAGCCAACCCCUGCCCUUCCACAACCGUCAAAGUUUUCCAUUGGCGAUAACUUCCGAAGAUGGGCUGGUGGCGCUCAGGAUUAUGUGCCCCUAUUUCCACCGAACGAGAGGCGCAUCGUGUUGCUGUCCCUACUCGACGGCCAGGCAAAAGAC